UUUUUAUGACUGCAGGGUCCUGUUUCAAUCACUGGCGUCAGGCAGGCGCACGACACGAACUCAAAAGUAUUUCACCUUCUUGCAUAUCGCCGUAAAUAUUGCGAACAACAUAACUAGGUUACAACAACUUUUUGAGUUUUAAUUUGCCAUCAACCUAAUAGAAGCUUGCGGUUCUAGUAUCCUUCACUUGUGACUUUGAGAAGGUGUCUCUGUUGGACCUGUAGGACCUAGGCUACAGUCAUUUUUUUUCCACUCAGCUUAUGGCGGAGCUGAAGUUUUCUAACUUGUCGUGAGCCCUGAGAGCACUAGUGUUUGCUGAUGGAGCACCUCCAGGGAGCGUGGAAGACCCUGAGCAACGGCUUUGGAAUGAAAGACUCUGUGUUCGAGGGCCCCUGCCUCUCCCCCACCAUGGUUCAGGGCUUUCCCUACCAGCGCCGCUCCUCAGAUGACAGCAAGAUCCCCGACUCUAAGACCAGCAGCACCAUCCGAGUCUACCUCCCCAACCAGCAGCGCACCGUGGUGAACGUGAGGCCAGGUAUGACCCUGCACAGCUGCCUGAUCAAAGCGCUGAAGGUGCGGGGUCUGCAGCCGGAGUGCUGUGCUGUCUUCAGACUGCACCCAGGACAGAGGAGUAAAAAGUCACGUAUGGAUUGGAAUACCGACUCUACCUCACUAAUUGGGGAAGAACUGCUGGUGGAAGUGUUAGAUCAUGUCCCCUUGACGACGCACAACUUUGUUCGGAAAACAUUUCUUAAGUUGGCCUUCUGCGAUAUAUGCCAGAAGUUCCUUUUGAACGGUUUCCGUUGCCAAACAUGCGGCUACAAAUUCCAUGAGCAUUGCAGCACCAAAGUGCCUACCAUGUGUGUGGAUUGGAGCAACAUCAGACAGCUCCUGCUGUUCCCUACACCAGGUGAAAGUGGGGGUCCAUCUCUUCCUCCUCUUACAUCUCGACGAAUGAGAGAAUCACUAUCCCGAUUCCCUAGCAGCUCUCUGCACCGCUACUCAACCCCUCACGCCUUCAACUACACGGCCCCCUACCCACCCACAGGGAUCACUCUGUCCCAGAGGCAGCGAUCCACCUCCACGCCCAACGUCCACAUGGUCAGCACCACCCUGCCUGUCGACAGCAGCAUGAUUGAGCUAGAUUGCCUGAAUGCCUACCCUAGCUCCUGGUGCAGGCGCUUCUGGCUGAAGAGGAGAGUAGGUAUUGUUCGCUUCUCCAACUCUUUUCUUGAGGCGACUUCAGAGAGCCCAGCCAAGGAGGCAAUGCGUAAUCACGAAGCAAUGCGUAAUCAUGACUCCGACGGGAGUUCCCCCAGCCAGAGUCCCACAAGCUGGUCACAGUCUAAAACCCCAGCGCCAGACAGACGAGAACGGGCUCCGUCGUUCAACACUCAAGAGAAACACAAAAUUCGUCCGAGGGACAAGCGAGACUCUAGUUACUACUGGGAGAUCGAGGCCAGUGAAGUGGUGCUGCACUCCCGUAUCGGCUCAGGCUCCUUCGGAACGGUGUACAAAGGGAAAUGGCACGGUGACGUAGCAGUGAAGAUCCUAAAGGUGAUUGACCCCACACCGGAACAGUUCCAGGCCUUUAGAAACGAGGUGGCUGUGCUAAGGAAAACACGACACGUCAACAUCCUAUUGUUCAUGGGCUACAUGACGAAGGACAACUUGGCCAUCGUGACACAGUGGUGUGAAGGCAGCAGCCUCUAUAAACACCUCCACGUCCAGGAGACCAACUUACAGAUGUUCCAGCUCAUAGACAUCGCCAGGCAGACAGCUCAGGGCAUGGACUAUUUGCACGCUAAAAACAUCAUCCACCGGGACAUGAAAUCAAACAAUAUCUUCUUACACGAGGGCCUGACGGUGAAGAUUGGCGACUUUGGUCUGGCCACAGUCAAAGCCAGGUGGAGUGGUUCUCACCAGGUGGAGCAACCUUCAGGGUCCAUACUGUGGAUGGCUCCAGAGGUUAUACGGAUGCAGGACAAUAUGCCCUAUAGUUUCCAGUCUGACGUAUACUCUUACGGUGUUGUCCUCUAUGAGCUGAUGACAGGAGAGCUGCCAUACUCACAGAUAGCCAACAGAGACCAGAUCAUCUUCAUGGUGGGUCGGGGGUACCUGUCUCCAGACCUCAGUAAGCUUUAUAAGAGCUGCCCCAAAGCCAUGAAGAGGCUGGUGGCUGACUGCAUCAAGAAAAUCAAAGACGAGAGGCCUCUGUUUCCCCAGAUCCUGUCGUCCAUUGAGCUGCUCCAGCACUCCCUGCCUAAGAUCAACCGCAGUGCCUCGGAACCCUCCCUGCACAGAGCCUCCCACACCGAGGACAUCAACGUCUUCACAUCAACCUAUAGCAGGCUGCCUGUGUUCUAGAAUUACAGCACCCAACAUGCCCCUCCUACAUGCUCCUGUUCCAAAACAUACACACGUGUGCAUGAGCGCGCACACACGCAGACACACGCACCCAGACACACGCACCCAGACACACGCACCCAGACACACGCUCACACACACACGCUCACACACACACACUCACACACAGACAGAAUAUCACCGGCAAAGAGGAAGAGGACUGACUGGGAGGAAAGGUGACAGUGAAUGGGAUCAAUAUGGGAUUUCAGUCACUGACUGAGUUGUGCCAGUGAUGGUUUUGGUGUAGAGAGCAGAGAAAGACUACCCAUUGGUUUGGAGAAGAUGAUUGGCAGUGAAGGAAAUUAAUGCCCAUUUCUAGGUUUAGUCAGAGGCCUACUUUUCCCCAUGGCUAAUAUGGGUGCACCGGACAGAGUGGCAAUGCAGUUAGUGAAAUAUGUGAAGGAAAGCACACCUACCUGGGGACAGUGAGGCAGCACCCUCUGUGGGUCGGGAAUGCAUCCGGUUUUCAGGGGAAAUGGAAAGAGCGCCUGUGACACGACUUCUGCUUCCACUUUGUUUUGCUGGGCAGGUGGUCAAAAUGGUUAGAGCGUUGCGCCAGUAAAAAAAAAGUUUGCCCGAUUGAAUCCCAGAGUUGAAAUCCCUGUGUGCCAUUGAUGAUAAAUGUAAUGUAACGCUUUUGGACGUUACCAAGGCGACACUCCAUCUUAACUCGUCCUCCACAUUUAGUGGAUUGGUUCAACAGUGCAGAAGACAACCUCCCCCCGACAGUUAAAAAAAAUCAAAUGUAAAAAUUCUCGUCAGGACCAGAAAGAAAGAAAUGUUGCUCAGGUGUUUCUUUUACUCCUGCUAUGUUAGGUUAGUGAGGUAGAGACAUCGAAGGAACCGCAUGCGAGAGAGCAGUAAAAAAAAGCUCUCUUAUCUCUGUGCUGUGAAGCACACCUUUCUGUCUUGACUGACAGGGACUGACUGCCUUGGUUUAUUAUGAAGGAUAGUUUCUCUAAGCUGACCUCCCCGAAGAGGAGAUGAAGCCUAGACAAAGACCCUGCACAAACCUCACCUAGGAUGAUUCUUAUAAAACAAAAAAACAGUGUGACGCAAUCCGUUGUUUUGUUUUUUUUAGGAUUAUUUGAUUGUAAAUCGUCUUAAAUCAGAGAUACGAAAUGAUUAUCAGUGUCUUCAUCUUCAUGCUUUUAUUCUUUUUGUCUUGUCUGGAAAAUUAUAGUUAAAAUUAUAAUUAUUUUUUUUGUGCACAUUUGAACUAAAGCGAUGACUAUUUCUCAGGUCCAUGUGAUUGGUUCAUGGCUUUGCUGAGAGUUCUUAUCAGUAGUUACCUACACAUUUGAAUCAGCCUUCUCUUUGGGUUAACCAUCACCAGCUGGAUAUUAAGGCAGUUCUCUUUAAUAUGUAGAAAAAUCUAAUUAGCUUUUUUUGUCUGCCAUGUCUCUUUCAGGAGGUUAAACAUUUUAUUGUAAACGUGGUGAGAAUGUUUAUUCCAGGUUAUUUUAAUAAAAUUAAGUUAAACUAAAUUGCAGAAGUGUUCAAAACCUUCCGUACUUUGUUGCUACUGACUGGCAAAAGUUGCUGACUAGUGGGGCCUCAGAUGGUUAGCGGACACUGAUUUUUGUCUGCUCUCAAGUGCUUGCUUUAAUCUUGACGGUUCCAGAUGUUGAGACACUCUGGUCUCCACCAUUGAACUCCCUGCUGCCUCUCUCUGUGCACUGCCUCUCGGUAGGAUCCCAUACAUGUGCAAGACUUUGUGGCUGGGUGCAAUGUUUGCUGUUGCAGUAGCAGUGUGGUGCAAUCACACCGUGGAUCCAGUUGAGACACACCACUAGGAGAUUCCACCAUUGGGCAAUGGCACUAGGUGCUCCAUAGCUAUUGGCAAGCCCACUGGAAAAACAGCCUACCUGAGAGAGAGAGAGAGAGAGAGAGAGAGGAGAAAGACACACUUGGUGGAGAGAUGGGAUUAAAUGAUACCCAAUAGCUUUGUUGAGAUGUGUUAACACUUUAGUUGAAGUGGCUGCUUCUGUGCUACACUGCCCUAUAAACAUCCACACACCUAUGCAGUCAUAGACUCUUGUGUUCUAUAAUGAUGUCUCUGAUGUUUGUAUCCAGCCUGGCCUCAGUCAGCCCAGCCAGCAUCUCAGUUGGUUAUCAGACCUAACUGGGGGGAUUUGAUAUGUAACGAUUUCAGUGCCAGCAGAAAUAGUAUUUGAAUUUGUAUCUAGAUAUUGAAUUUGAAUAAAACAUUUUUUAUUUGUAAUGCACAUACUGAUGAUUGAAUUCAUACAUUUUACUUGUAUUUCAUGAUUUGAAACUUUAUUGAAUGAAUAUUGCAAUUUAUUGAACAUUCAAAUUCAAUAUUUAUACAUUCAGUUUCGAUAUGGUAAACAUUGCAUUCAUUGUCUGCAUCAAGUUUACGAACUAUAAUUUCAAGUUGAUCAAUCUUUCAUAUAUUCAACUUCUCAGAUGGAUUCAGAUUCGGCUGUCUAUUGCUUUUGUAUACAGUGCAUUCGGAAAGUAUUCAGACCCCUUGACUUUUUCCACAUUUUGUUACAUUACAGCCUUAUUCUAAAAUUGAUUAAAUUAAAUGGUUUCCUCAUAAAUCUACACACAAUACUCCAUAAUGACAAAACAAAAACAGGUUUUACGAUUUUUUGCAAGUUUAUUAAAAAUAAAAACAGAAAUACCUUAUUUACAUAAGUAUUCAGACCAUAGGAAGAGAGAAAUUCAACAUGCCACAUUGGCUUCAGAACCCACCAGAAGCUUCCGUUUACCACGAGAGCAUUUGAUUCUAUCUGUUCUCUAUAUUUCCUGGCUGGUUAUGUACCAGGAUGUUGUCUCUGGUUUGGAAUCUGAAUUUAGAGAAGCUGAAUCUGAAUGCAUCUGAGAAGUUGAAUACAUACAUUUUGAUAAACUUGAUAAACAGACAAUGAUUUCAAUAUUUACCGUAUUGAAACUCAACAUAUAAAUAUUGAAUCUGUAUGUUCAUUCAAUUCAGUUUAAAAUCAUGAAAAGUUCAAUUUAUGAAUUUAAUGGUUACAUUUGUGCAUCACACAUUAUUGUACAUCAAAAGUAUUUAAUUAAAAUUCAAUAUCCAAAUACACAUUCGAAAUUAUGGAAUUAAAAUACAGUUUAUGUUGGCACUGAAAUCGCUCCAUAGAUUGUGACAUGGGCAUUAGCGUUAGGAUCCGUGUACGGUUUGUUCAAAUCGAUAUCCGAACUUAAACAACAAAGACGGAUAAUCAUUUUGAUUACGUGAAUUCAUUUUUCUAUGUCGUCCACAAGAUUGAAUGAAUGAACACACACGGUGUGGGCAUAGUAAGGGCUGCCAUAGGAAACGUGUUCUAGCGGUUUCAAAGUAAAAGCCGUGUGACUACAACGUUACUUACCUGACCAUCGCUCCGGCUAGCUAGCUUUUUGCAAUUAGUCAUGUGAUUUAUUUUAUCUUACUGAACCAUUUGUCUCAAAAAAAGGGAAGGGAAAAAUAGCCAUGGCAUCAUCGAAAGUUGUGAAUCGCAAGACCUUUAUUGGCUGGCCUCUUUUGUUUUGCUAUCUGUUUAAGUGUUCUGUUUCUGCUUUCUGACAGGCCACAGAGACUGCUGAAAAUAAGACGAGCAAUAGAAUACAAAGAGCAAACUCUGAUCUGGCCCUAUGGUGACAAGAGCUCCACCAGGAGGCAUGCUGUGAUCAUGUUUCUGCCUACUUUGCUUUUACACAUGCAGCAGAUUCAACCUCCUCACACAGGGGGUGAUGUAGCAGAUCCAGGGGGCUUUAAAUCGGCUACAUUAUUCAAUAUCUACAAACACAAGUAUACAGGUCAUUCCUCUUGCACAUACAACAAAGCCCGUGUGCAACCCAUGUGCAGAUAUCCCUUUAAAAACACACACACAUGCACACAGACACAGUACACAGAGCCAUGCUGGAGGAGACACAGCAUCUAAUCUGCAGAGCACAGGUGUCCACCGAGACAGAAUACAGCCGUGGGCAUGGUGACAGUAACUCAUGUCAAACCCAGUAGGGUGUAUACCAAAUACAGCUCAAGGAUGAACCAUAUAAAGACUGGAUUCAAUCAAAACAAAAGCUGUCAAUCAAAAUGCAUGUUCCCAGU